UCAUGUGGUGCAAUUUAUUUGUGGUCGUUUUCUUGUUAGUUAUAACGACUGCUAAAAGGGCGGAAUUUCUUCGAGACAGGCCCAGCGAGGACCAAGAGGAGGAAGGAUUUCAUAUGAAGAAAAGAGUUGAUAAUAAAUUUGUACAAACCACCACUGGUCGAUCUGCAGUGGGAGAUGCUGUCGUUGAAAAAUUUGUUGAAACUCUGAUGUCCAGUGAAAGAUAUUUGAAAAUGAUAGAAUCAGUGGAACGCAAGAUGAACCACUUGGAUACCACAUUCCAUGAACGAACUAACAGCAUUCUUAAAUAUUUGUCGGAGAUGUUAAGAAUGAUAAAGGCAUCGUCUUCUGAAAUGCUGGAGAAAGCCCUAAGAAAUGUGAAAUUAGACUUAGAUAAAUUGAAGCAGUCAAUGUCAGAGCGGUUGGAUGAACACCCUAACAUGCGCGGUGAGUUCCUUUAUUUUUUAUGUUAA